UAAUCACACAUUCGAACUGUCUGAUGAAUUCAAAUGUAAAUAAUGUUAUGAAUAAAACCAAAACAAAGUUACGAAACAUAUGUUGUGCCUAGAUAUCACAUUUAACAAUGCUGAGGAAAAUUAUUAAAAGUGCCGUUCCGCGAGCGGCUUUCGUUACUGCCGGAAUAUUUCCAUUUAGUAUGAAUAAUCACGAUACAGUUGAACAUGACUCGCUGCAAAAAAUGUACUCGGAUGCGCCCGGUGAUCAACAGAGUGGCAAGGAGAGACUGUAUCUUAUGUUCAGUUUUGACGAAUUUGGCCGGAUGUCUAGUGAAUUAAACGCCAUCUAUCAAGCAGGAUUUCUUGGGUUCUUUGUUGGGGCUUGCUAUGGAGGCUUUGUUGAUUCCCGGGUAUCCUAUAUGAAUUUUAUGGAGCGAAACCAGGCGACCGCCUUCCAAUCUAGCUUCGAAGCAAAGCGCAAGCUUCAAGAUCAAGUAUCGGUCAACUUUGCCAAAGGAGCAUUUAAGUGGGGCUGGCGAAUAGCGUUGUUUACGACCAGUUAUGUCGGUAUCCAGACAGUAAUUUCAGUGUAUCGCGGUAAAUCAUCGAUAUACGAGUAUUUGGCAGCAGGCGGCCUAACUGGUGCCGCAUACAAAUUCAACAUGGGCCUAAAGGGCAUGACUAGUGGAGGACUUGUGGGUCUCACGUUCGGAGGUAUUGCCGGUGCUAUUUCGCUGGCGCUUCUCAGAGCAAGCGGCACCACUAUGGAGGAGGUUCGCUUCUGGCAGUACAAAUGGAGAGCUAAUCGGGACCAACUUAUAACUGAAAAUAUAAAACAGCAAACUUUAGUUGAACCGGAGCCUCUGUUAAUGAAACAUCACGAAAAGGUUGGAGAAUCAAAUGUUUCUUUGGACAAAAUUGAGACUGCUGGAAAACCCUUAUCGAACACUGACAACGAGACUGUGAACAAAUAGAUGCUGAUAUGAUAAACUG